AUGACAAACCAAAGUAUAGAUUGUGCUACAUUUGAAAACGAUCUUUCCCAAACUACAAGAUCUAAUAAAAAAUCUGAAACCAAAAAUACUUAUAAAAGAAAAGCUGCUUCUAAAGAAAAAAGAAUCCAUCAUGAUCAAGUUGCAAGUGAAGCAAUAGUGGGAAUGGUAUCUAAUGAAGUGCAGAAGAAAGAAAAUUUAUUAGAACGUCAAAUUAAGCUUAGAAGAGAGACAGCAGAAGCAGUGGCCAUUGAAUUGAAAAAUCAGCAACUAAAAAUGAGCUUGGGUGAAACAACCUGUAGAUUAUUACAAGAUAGUAAACUUAGUGAAAUUACUGAACAAACUGGAGAUUCUUGUGGUGGAUCUUAUAUCAACCAAAAAUUUCUUAGUUGUAAACUUAGUGAAUCAACUAUAAAUCUGCUUAAAAAAAAUAAUUAUAGUCAAUUGCAAUACAUGAAAUUUGUUCCAUUUAAAACAAUAUAA